AACAGUAAAAAAAAGUCUAUUUGUUAGCGUCCUUUGUGAAAUUGUCAAGUGUUAGAAUUAUUGUGUGCGAAAGUUAACUAUUUAAGGACCUCCCAUGGACCAGUCUAAGCAGGUUUUGCGGGACUAUUGCGGCGACGGCAAUGGUACCUGUACAUCGUCCUUGAAGGAAAUCACUUUGAUUGAGACCGUGACCAGUUUUCUGGAGGAGAAUGGCGCCUCCGAAAUCGACAAAAGGGUCCUGCGCAAACUGGCCGAGGCGCUGUCCAAAAGCAUAGACGACACCAGUCCGGGAGCCCUGCAAGAUGUCACCAUGGAGAACUCAUAUGCCAGUUUUGACGUUCCGCGACCUCCAGGUGGCGGCAACUCUCCCUUGCCGCCGCAGGGUCGCUCUGUGCGCGAGUUGGAGGAGCAGAUGUCCGCGCUGCGUAAGGAGAACUUCAAUCUAAAGCUGCGCAUCUACUUCCUGGAGGAGGGUCAGCCGGGUGCCCGAGCAGACAGUUCCUCAGACUCCUUAAGCAAACAGCUCAUCGAUGCCAAGAUCGAAAUCGCGACGUUGAGAAAAACCAUCGAUGUAAAGAUGGAGCUGCUCAAGGAUGCCGCUCGAGCCAUUUCUCACCACGAGGAAUUGCAGCGCAAAGCGGACUUAGAAAGCCAGGCAAUAAUCGACGAGUUGCAAGAGCAAAUAAACGCCUAUCAGGUGGCGGAGUCUGGUGGUCAACCUGUCGAAAAUAUUGCUAGAACCAGGAAAAUUCUGAGCCUUGAAUCGGAGGUGCAGAGAUUGGAGGAGGAACUGGUGAAUAGCGAAGCUCGUAACGUAGCGGCCCGGAACGAGCUGGAAUUCAUGUUGGCCGAGCGCAUGGAAUCCCUAACAGCCUGUGAGGGCAAGAUUCAAGAGCUGGCCAUCAAGAAUUCCGAACUGGUAGAGCGUAUUGAAAAGGAAACAGCAUCCGCCGAGUCAUCCAACAAGGACAUAGACUCUCUUAAGGUUGAAAUAGAAGUCUGUAGGAAGGAGAAUCAGGAACUGGUGACCUCCAUUCGAUCCCUAAAACAUGAUAUGAAGCGACAAGCCCGCUCGAUGAAGGAGGCCGCCAAUACGAUGGACGUGCAGCGUCAUUCCAUCCAGCUAUUGGAAGCCACAAUCAAGCGCAAGGAAAAGUCGUGCGGAAGUAUGCAGAAAAACGUGCUAAACUAUGAGGCACUGAUAGCCAAGUUGAACGCCGAACUGGAGACUAUGAGGCAACAGAAUCUUUACUUCCGUGAGCUCUCCGAAAACCUACAACAGAAGGAGGUGCGGCAACUGGAUCGCGGCGUGGCCACCGUGCAGCCGAUGCGCAUGAAGGCGGAUGCCGGGUGUUUUGUAUGGGAGUCAGGGACCAUCGUCGCACAAGAGCCUUUGCCAUUGGAAAGGCAGUCAGCUGCAGCAACAAACAACGUAUCCGUGUCCGCAGUACGUUUAUCAUCAGGGCCACCACCAGACCAGACAUACCCAGUUAAUGGCCAUGACGGCGCCAAGUACGGCGUUCUACAACUAUUCGCUGCCAAGCUUCACUGGAUUCCGGCAGUACCUUUGGCGCUGGGGCACAUAGCCCUCAAGAUCAUCUUCUUGGCUAUGCGGGUGCACUCCUGCCUCCAGAUAGCCCAUAUCCCUCUUAAUGCCAAUCGAGAUCUUGGCGCCCAACUUGCGGAUAAGAUUUGCGAGCUGCAGGACGCCCAGGAGAAGCUCAAGGAGCGCGAACGCAUCCACGAGCAGGCGUGCCGCACCAUUCAGAAGCUGAUGCAAAAGCUGAGCAGCCAAGAGAAGGAGAUAAAGAAACUUAAUCAGGAGAACGAACAGUCGGCAAACAAGGAGAACGACUGCGCUAAGACGGUAAUUUCGCCAUCCUCCAGCGGCCGUUCCAUGAGUGACAACGAGGCCAGCUCCCACGAAAUGUCCACCAACCUCAGGGUGCGCUACGAACUAAAGAUCAAAGAGCAGGAGGAGAAGAUAAAGCAGUUGGAGACGGAAGUAAAGAAGAAGACUGCGAAUCUGCAAAACCUGGUCAACAAGGAGCUAUGGGAGAAAAAUCGCGAGGUGGAGCGCCUCACUAAGCUGUUGGCUAACCAACAGAAGACAUUGCCGCAGAUAAGCGAGGAAUCUGCCGGAGAAGCAGAUCUGCAGCAAUCCUUCACGGAGGCGGAGUACAUGAGGACAUUGGAGCGAAACAAGCUGCUGCAGCGAAAGGUGGAUGUGCUCUUCCAGCGCCUGGCAGACGAUCAACAGAACAGUGCUGUGAUUGGCCAGUUGCGUUUAGAACUUCAACAAGCUCGCACGGAAGUUGAGACGGCGGAUAAGUGGCGUCUUGAAUGCGUCGAUGUCUGCAGUGUGCUGACGAACCGAUUGGAGGAGCUGGCUGGUUUCCUCAACUCUCUGCUGAAGCACAAAGAUGUUCUUGGCGUGUUGGCCGCAGAUCGACGCAAUGCCAUGCGUAAGGCUGUGGAUCGCAGCUUGGAUCUUUCCAAGAGUCUUAAUAUGACUCUGAAUAUAACAGCUACAUCCUUGGCUGACCAAAGCCUCGCUCAGCUGUGCAAUCUAUCCGAGAUCCUGUACACCGAAGGCGAUGCAAGCCACAAAACUUUCAAUUCACACGAGGAGCUGCACGCCGCUACUUCGAUGGCUCCGACUGUAGAGAACUUAAAGGCCGAGAACAAGGCUCUGAAAAAAGAGUUGGAAAAGCGACGCAGCUCAGAAGGACAGAGAAAGGAGCGCCGCUCCUUACCGCUGCCCUCUCAACAGUUGGAUAACCAGAGCGAGUCAGAGGCCUGGUCAGAGCCUGACCGCAAGGUUUCGUUGGCACGCAUUGGCCUGGACGAAACCUCCAACAGCUUGGCGGCGCCUGAGCAGGCGGUCAGCGAGUCGGAGAGCGAGGGAAGAACCUGCGCUACCCGUCAGGAUCGCAAUCGCAACAGCGAGCGUAUUGCCCAGCUGGAGGAGCAAAUUUCCCAGAAAGACGAACGUAUGCUUAAUGUGCAAUGCCAAAUGGUUGAGCUGGACAAUCGAUAUAAGCAGGAGCAAUUGCGCUGCCUGGAUAUCACUCAACAAUUGGAGCAAUUGCGAGUUAUCAACGAAGCUCUGACUGCGGACCUUCAAGCUAUAGGAUCACACGAAGAGGAACGCAUGGUCGAGUUGCAACGCCAGCUGGAGCUUAAGAACGAGCAGAUUGAUCAACUAAAACUGGCCCACAGCACUCUGACGGCAGAUUCGCAGAUAACCGAUAUGGAACUGCAGGCAUUGCAGCAGCAAAUGCAGGAAAUAGAGCAGCAGCACGCCGAUUCAGUGGAAACCCUGCAAUCUCAGCUACAAAAACUCAAACUAGAUGCCGAGCAGCAGCUAGCAGAGCACGAGCGCCUGCAUCGCGAGGCUCUGGAACGCGACUGGGUGGCACUGACCACUUACCAGGAGCAGGCUCAACAGUUGUUGGAACUGCAACGAUCCCUGGACUAUCACCAAGAAAACGAGAAGGAGCUGAAGCAGACGCUUGUCGAGUACGAGCUGGCCACGCGGGCCCUCAAAAAGCAGCUGGACGAAAGCACUCUGCAGGCAUCCAAGGCGGUGAUGGAGCGCACGAAGGCCUACAACGACAAGCUGCAAUUGGAGAAGCGUUCCGAGGAGUUGAGGCUGCAACUGGAGGCGCUCAAGAAAGAGCAGCAAAAGCUGCUGCAGAAGCGCUCCAACAGCAGCGACGUUUCCCAGUCCGGUUACACAUCCGAAGAGGUGGCGGUGCCCAUGGGGCCACCCUCGGGUCAGGCUACAACGUGCAAGCAGGCCGCUGCCGCAGUGGUGGGCCAGAGGGUGAACACAUCAUCUCCCGAUCUGGGCAUAGAAAGCGAUGCCGGCAGAAUAUCCAGCGUAGAAGUAUCCAACGCCCAGCGAGCGAUGCUCAAGACUGUAGAGAUGAAAACGGAGGGGUCAGCGAGCACAAGGGCAAAGUCAGAGGAAUCUACUUCACCGGACAGCAAGAGCAACGUGGCAACUGGUGGUGCAGCCACAGUACACGACUGUGCCAAGGUAGAUCUUGAAAACGCCGAGUUGCGGCGCAAACUAAUCCGCACCAAGCGCGCAUUUGAAGACACCUACGAAAAGUUGCGUAUGGCUAACAAAGCAAAAGCACAAGUUGAGAAAGACAUCAAAAAUCAAAUACUAAAAACGCACAAUGUGCUGCGAAACGUUCGCUCAAACAUGGAGAAUGAGUUAUAACGAUCGCGCCGACGUCCAGUAUAUCAGCAUUAACCCGAGAGGCCAUUCACCCAAUGUUCAAUUGCCAUUUCUUGCCAUUCUUAUAUUUUGUAUGCAUUGUAUUUUGUUGUCUCGUUGCUAACUUGAAACUUAAAUAAUUGAUAAUUUAUGUGUUUUUUUUUGUUUGAAGAGACCGUAAACAACGAAGCUAUUAGUACGAAAUACCCAUGCAUUUUCUAAAGACUGUUGAGGGAAUCGAACCCAUUGAAUGAACUAUACACACAGACACACACCUGUUUUAAGCACAAAACAAAGCUAACUUGAAACUGAGUGCUGACAAUAUGUAUCUAACCCGGCGCACUCAUUCAUAUUGAAUGACAUAUGUAUAUUAGAAUGUAUAUAUAUAUAUAUCCCCUAGUACCAUAACUUUUUCGAAUAUUCUCUAGCAUACUCGACCUGAUUCUUGUCUCGCAUAACCCUCCAUUUUCCAAUCACUUGCGUGUAGUUACUGCCCGAUUAAUGUAUUCUCCUGCUGCUUAACUGCUCUUAAUCCUUGAUUUCAGUUAACCAUCGAAACGGAUAUUGAAAUAAUUGUUUGACUUGCCGGCCAAAACCGUUUAACUACGUUGCCAUCCAAUAACUCUUUUAGUUCGAAACAUCCAUUUGUACAAUGUGUAAAAAGUAGUGUGCGUUGUCCUGGAGAACAAGAUCUAGAACUUAAGUCAUUUGUACCCGUCGUUUUAUGGAAUAAACAAUUGCGUUAGAAUUA